AAAGGCAGCACGUAACCGUAGCCGAGCAUCACCUCUCUUGGUCCUCCUUUUUUUUCUUUUCUUUCCUGACGAGAACUCUUCCUACUUCGACCCCUGUGUGUUCCAACAUCUCUUUCGAUUGCCACUGUCACCUCUGAAGAGCUUCAGAUCUUAGCGGAGUCAGACUAUGUCAAGUGUUCUGUUUAGCCGCACCUUCCCGCCAAACCCGUCGUUCACGCCCAUCCCAUUUAUCUCGUCCUUAAUAGCAUUGUUCUUUCCCCGUUUUCUCAAAUGAUUGCACUGGUUGCGGUACCCUUCCCCAACCAUGCCCGGGCUGCGCCGUUUCUUUCAUUCCUAUUUUCACAAACAACCAGAGUCGAAGUCGCCAUCCCACCCUGAAGCGUCGACCGAGACGGAUAGCAGCGACGCAACUCUUGUUCUUCCCCCGCCAUCGUCACAUCGCUCUCCUGGACUGCUCCCGAUACGGGACCGCAUGAGAGGGUCAGGCAAGGCGCAGGCCCCCGAUGCGAACACCCAGACCAUGCCGAAAGCUGGCAAGAAGAGGGCGACAGGCGGGUCGGCCGCAGCCCAGAAACCCUACACGAAAGCCCAGGAGGCGGCAAGGUAUUACAAUGACACACAAAACCAUGGGGCCAACAGGAAGGCCGACGCGGGAACCAAGGCACAGCUAAACAAGCUGUUUGAUGAGCUCAUUUCGGAAGAAGACAAGGCACGAGACGACUUGGAACCCGUGGCGGAGAUCGGCGCCGAGCAGUGCAUGGCCUAUCUCGAGAGACUAAACGUCAAUCCGGCCAGCUAUGAGCUCUUCGUCGUUCUCGAGAUUGUGCGGGCCGAGUCAAUCGGCAUCAUCACGCGCGCUGGGUUCGUCGACGGCUGGGCAGAUGUCAUUGCCGCCUCUGGCGGCAGCGGCCGCGUGACUCCCGACUGGGCAGGCCAGCGCCAACUCGUGCACGCGCGCAUCGCCCAGGCGCUGACGGACCCCAACUACUUCAAGACGAUUUACGACUUCGCGUUCCAGGUUGGCCGCGAACCGGGGCAAAAGGCGAUUACCAUGGCGGUUGCUGUGGGUUUCUGGGAGGGCCUGUACGUUCCGGACAAGAAUCCGUGGCGGUCGGCUCAUGUGGACUGGCUGGGCGCAUGGACGCGCUUUCUCAAGGAGAAAUUUGGCGUCGUCAAGGUCAACAGCGACGGGGAAGAGGAAGUUGAGUACAAGCGGACCGUCAGCAAAGAUUUGUGGACACAGACGCGGCUGUUUGCGGCCAAGUCGAUGCAAGACGAGACGCUGAGCUUCUGGUCGGAGGAACAGGCGUGGCCGGGGCUCAUUGACGAGUUUGUGAUCUGGUGCAAGGAGAAGGGUAUCGUCCCGAAUGCCAAUAAUGGCGAGAGCAUGGUAGUGGAGUAACCGGGCUCCCGGUGUUGAGGCCCAUCUCUUUUUGCUAUGACGGCGUGUGGACGUAGAUGAGACAGAGGAAGGAAGUGGUUUUCUCCCUCAAUGCCCACUCUUCUGGUACGGCGGGCAAGAUUGUGCAUGGGACAGGACAUACGCAUACGUAUCCGCUCGAUUGUCUAUAGAUCUCGAUGCCCUCAGGUUGUACUUGAUCUGAAGUCGAGUAUAAAGAAACGAACAGAGAGCCUCCUCGUGCAGCCGUAUGUUGGUCACCUGCAAUGGGCUAGGGACAGGAUUCGGCUCUGCUUGGGUGGGGGUCACCGGAUUGGCUUGAGUAUCUAAUGAGAAAAUACUACGUUACAGCCCUAGGUGGUUGAUGUACUGUACAUACAUGUAAAGUACCCUCA